AUGGCGCAGCCGAGCAAGACGCAGAUCCUGCGCCUGUACCGCGACUACAUGCGCAGCGCACAGAGCUUCGCAUCGUACAACUUCCGCACCUACUUCCAGCGGCGGUCGCGCGACAUGUUCCGCUCCGCCUUGCUUCCUUCUUCCGCCGCCGCGCAGUCGUCUCCCUACUCCAAGGCCGGCGCCGUCACUGGUCCUGCCUCGCCUUCCACUCUCACCGCCUCCUCCUCCUCCUCCUCGAGCGCGGACGACGGCGCUCGCCUUGCCGCAUGGUACGCCACCGCACGCCAGGAGCUGCAAGUGCUGCGCCGCGCGGCACUCACGAACCAGAUGUACGCCGGCGAGCGCCUCGUCGUCGAGCAGCCGCGGCCGUUUGUCGUUGGCGGAGGCGGCGCGGGCAUGGAGGCGAGCACGGGAGGCAGUGGCAUGCCGGACAAGGGCAACGAGAAUGCGGGCAAGGGCGCACCGGAGAGCGGCUGA